AUGUUACAGAAGAAGGCGCCCCUAGUGAGCGUGGUGAACGAUAUCGCAGCUGGUCUGGCGAAUGCCGUUGCUGCUGCCGUUGCCGAUGCGGUGACAGUGGCUACGAUAGGCCGGAAUUUGAAUCUUAAUACCUCAAAUUCAUCACAACAACAGCAGCAACAGCAACCACAGCACCAGCAUUCCAAUAACAACGGAAACUGCUUUUCGCAACUUCGGCAACAGCUGGAGAUGGGAAAUGGUAGUUCUUCAACGGUGGGCAAGCUAUCGCCAUCGCCACCAAUCGUUGGACCAUAUAUCUCUCCUCAAGUUCAGCAGCAGCAGCAGCAGCAGCAGCAGCAGCAGGAACACAGCAGUGCGGAAACGGGCGGAUAG